AUGACACAAGAAGUUCCGAAUGAAAAUCAAGUGCGCCACGGACUCACGAAUGUGCACUUGGGACGCGGUGGGGCAGGGAAUGUCCGCUCGCCAUCGCGCGAUCCGCAGGAGCAGUACCUACAUGAACAAGAAAAGCUGCGCGCAUUGGAGGAACAAGAUGCCAUGCAAGCCCAAGAGCUUGUCUCCCAGGUGUACGCAACAGGUCGCGGUGGUGCAGGAAAUAUCCCCGCCCAGGCACCUGUUGCCGAUCCUCCGCACGAGCGCGGUCGUCAAUUACAUGAAACGUCACGCCCAGAGCGUGUGUCUUCUCCACGCAACGUGGCAAGCAUCUUCAGGCCAUUGUCUCGUUCUCGGUCUAGAGAGCCGCGUACUUCAGCAGGUCGUGACUCGUCGUUGUCGCGCGUGGCCAAGUUUGAUCGUGUUCGUGAGGAACACGCAUAA